ACGGAGGCAUUUGCUCAUUUGCAGUCCUAAAACGUCAUUUACUUGUCAUUAGGAUAUUUGAUUCCGACAAUUACUAGGAAAUAACCAGGCCUUCUUCUGGUUCUCCCAAGUCCCACCUCACUGCCACUGGGUAGAUUGUAGAAAUGGUUAACCUCUCGAUGGUAAGUGUCAGGAUUUUUCCAUCUUAGCUGUUGAGCUCAUUCGUGGCAGAAGGAAUGGCAACUUUAGCCCAUUCAACAUCUUUCUUAUCGGUGGGUAGUCUAUCCUCUGACCACCAUAAGCAAUUGAAAUUGUGGAAAUUCCAAAAGCCACUAACAAGAAGAGGCUUCAAGCGCCUUGCUCUUUGCUCUUCAAAUAUGACCCCGUGGGAACCUGCGGAGAUUGCGUAUGCUCCCGCUAGCGAUGCUGAAGGUAGAUUCUUGCAGAAGUCUGGCACUAUAUUUGAAGCCCUGAAUUCAGAGAAAACUGAUGAAGCUACAGCAAAAAAUUCCAAAGAGGAUGCAAGUCAUCGGCCAAUGUUGCUGCUCCCCUACCUGAGAUGGACGGUGUGGCUUUUGGGACCUCCCAUUCUGUUAGCAACAGGCAUGGUGCCCACCUUGUGGUUACCAGUUUCGUCAAUUUUCCUCGGUCCAAAUAUUGCCAGCCUUCUUUCAUUGACAGGACUGGACUGCAUUUUUAAUCUUGGUGCAUCCCUGUUUCUCCUCCUAGCUGAUUCUUGUGCUCGUCCAGAAAAUUCUGGACAUGCUUUCGGCAGUAGGCCUCCUGUUAGUUAUCAGUUCUGGAACAUGGUUGCAAACAUAAUGGGCUUUGUUGUUCCGCUGUUGACGAUGUUUGCUUCUCAAAAGGGUCUGCUUCAGCCUUUUCUGCCUCCUAUAUCAUUUUUGGUUCUGUUGGGUCCCUACCUUCUCCUUCUGUCUGUACAAAUACUGACAGAGAUGCUUACGUGGCACUGGCAGUCGCCAGUAUGGUUGGUGACCCCUGUUGUGUAUGAAUCUUAUCGGUUAUUGCAGCUGAUGAGGGGGCUGAAGCUGGGAGCUGAGCUCACUGCACCAGCAUGGACGUUGCACACCAUCAGGGGACUGGUUUGUUGGUGGGUGCUCGUUCUUGGCAUGCAGCUCAUGAGGGUUGCGUGGUAUGCUGGUUUUACAGCUCGUGAUCGUCGUCAAAAAGAGCCUUCAGUGCUUGUUGGUGGUAACUAGUUUGUAGGGCCAAGCCGGUUUUGCUGGCUGCAUAAGCAAAUUAUGUUGACCUUCAAGAGUUUGUGGAGCGGUCUGUCCACUUUAGCAAAGAUGAAUUUGAGGCAAGAACAGUUGUAGCAGCAACAGUUCCUGAACAUUUUACGACGGGGCAGACUAAUUUUUUCUACGACGGGGCAGAACCCCAUUCCACUUGCUAUUAGUGCGUUUGUCAAAGGAAUUUGUGGGCCAAAACAUGUGACCAGCAUCAGCAAAGCGCUGAUUCCAGAUGACAAAUUUGUUGAGAUGAUUGUUUUCUUUCACACCAUAAAGUUGGUAAUAAGGAGAAGAAAGUGCAUUUUACCAAAAUAGGCGAUUGUGCGGCCAUCUUCCUGUGCUCUUGGAAUCUCUAGCUCUGUCGGUUCGUUGUAGGACUUUUCUUCUCUCCUCUAGUUUUCCCUUUUGCACUGAAAACAAUUGUCCUAACUUCUUUUGGGAUUCUUGGCUCCCAAUUCUAGCCAAACAUUUAUCUAAUUGUUGUGGCUGCACACGAAA